CGCUGCCCAGGAUGCGGACCGCUGUGCUCGUGUGCUGCUGCGUGUUUGCGCUGAAAUGUCUCCAGAGCACGAGCUGUCUGCCGGUGAGGGGGUCCGCCAGGUACAAGGUGGCAUCGGUGUCUGAGAAGUACUCAGAGCUGAAGAAGAGAGCGAGGCCUCCUCAUCCUCAGGAUUUAGUCAAACAUGUGAGUUUACCCACAAACACGUCCAACACCUGGAACCGGCCUCGCUGUGGCGUACCGGACUACCCCGCCCAGAGGGAGGUUCUUUAUCGAGGACAACACCGCCAGAGGCGCUUCGUCCUGUACGGAGGGCGUUUGGAGAAGACCGACCUCACCUACAGGAUCGUCCGGUUCCCCUGGCAGAUGGGCGAGGAAAAGGUUCGCCGUGUCUUCCGGGAAGCACUGAAGAUCUGGAGUGAUGUGACCCCGCUCACCUUUACAGAAGUGCACAGUGGGAAAGCUGACAUCCGCAUCGACUUCACCAGGUACUGGCAUGGAGACAACCUCCCCUUUGACGGCCCGGGUGGGAUCCUCGCUCACGCCUUCUUCCCCAAAACACACCGACAAGGGGACAUCCACUUCGACUACGACGAGUCCUGGACACUCGGGAACCACAUGGGUACGGACCUCCUGCAGGUCGCUGCUCAUGAGUUCGGGCACGUCCUCGGCCUGCAGCACUCCAGAGAGCCGGGGGCCAUCAUGUCCGCAUACUACUCCUUCUCCUACCCGCUGAGGCUGAGCGAGGACGACAAACAAGGCAUCCAGUACCUGUACGGAGCUCACCCUAAGGUGCUGCCCUCACCCCCUCCCCCGCCUCCUCCCCCGUCCAACCCAGAGACCAACGAGAUCAUCACGAAUCCCGACGCCUGCCAGACGGACUUUGAUGCCGUGUCCAUGAUCCGGGGGGAGCUGUUCUUCUUUAAGUCGGGCUACGUGUGGAGGAUCAGGGACGGGCAUCUGGAGAGCGGUUACCCGGCGCUGGCGUCCCGUCACUGGAGGGGGAUUCCCGACAACAUCGACGCCGCCUUUGAAGACAAGUCAGGAAAUAUCUGGUUCUUUCAAGGUGAGAACUACUGGGUGUUCGAUGCAGAGCGUCAGAUCAGAGGGCCCGAGUCCAUCAGGACUUUAGGUCUGUCCGUCUCAGGGAUCCAGGCGGCUCUUCGCUGGGGUCACGACUCCAACUACAACACCUACUUCUUCAAGUCGGGCAGCUACUGGAGGUUCAGCCCCCGAGAGAACCGCGUCGAGUCGGUGUACCCGCGCAGCAUGCAGGACUGGAGAGGGAUCCCGGACGACGUGGACGCCACCUUCAGGGACAUCUACGGAUACGCUCACUUCAUCCGAGGUCGACAGUACUGGAAGUUCGAUCCGGUGGGGAUGAACUCGUUGGAGGGUUACCCUCGAUACGUGGGCGUGGACUUUUUCGGCUGUAGAAACGUUUAAACUCUGGACUGACAGAAUCAGAGGAACUGAUUUUAAAAUGAAGAGGAGACGUUCAUAUUUUCAUCCAACAGACUCCAGAGGACAAAGAC